UAUGUCUUAAAUUCUCCCAACAAGAAGGGAAGUUAAUUAAAGAAACAGCAAGAACACACACAUGAUGAUGAAUUCCCUUUUUGGUCUCACUAGUGUUUUAUGCUUUGUGGUUGGAACACUAAUAUUACCCUUUUCAAAUGCACAACUAGAUCCCUCGUUCUACAACACUACAUGUCCCAAUGUUCAUUCAAUUGUGAGUAACGUGCUCACAAAUGUCUCAAAAUCUGAUCCAAGAAUGCUUGCUAGUCUCAUCAGACUCCACUUUCAUGAUUGCUUUGUUCAAGGUUGUGAUGGAUCAAUUUUGUUGAAUGACACAAGUAGCAUAGUGAGCGAGCAAAGUGCAGGGCCAAAUAACAACUCAAUAAGAGGUUUAGAUGUUAUCAAUCAAAUCAAAACAGCCGUGGAAAAUGCAUGCCCUGCUGUUGUUUCUUGUGCUGAUAUUGUUGCUCUUGCUGCUGAAGUAUCUUCUGAAUUGGCGAAUGGUCCUAGCUGGCAGGUUCCAUUAGGAAGAAGGGACAGUUUAACAGCAAACCAAACACUUGCUAAUCAAAAUCUUCCGGCUGCAAACUUCAACCUCACUCUACUUAUAUCUAGAUUUGCUAAUCAAAAUCUCAACAUUACCGACCUUGUUGCACUCUCAGGGGCUCACACAAUUGGCAGAGCUCAAUGUAGAUUUUUCAGCAAUCGAUUAUACAAUUUUAGCAGCAGUGGAAACCCUGAUCCAACUUUAAACACAAGUUACCUACAAACACUUAAAUCAAUUUGCCCUAAUGAUGGUGGGUCAGGGACUAAUCUCACCAAUUUGGACCUAACAACCCCUGACACAUUUGAUAACAACUAUUACUCCAAUCUUCAACAACAAAAUGGAUUGCUUCAGAGUGAUCAAGAGUUGUGGAACACUACAGGUGCAUCUACCAUUAGCAUUGUCAACAGUUUUAGUAGCAACCAAACUCUUUUCUUUGAGGCAUUUAAGGCUUCAAUGAUUAAGAUGGGUAACAUUGGAGUUUUAACUGGCUCUCAAGGUGAAAUCAGAACACAGUGUAAUUUUGUCAAUGGAAAUUCUUCUGGAUUGGCUACUCUAGUCACCAAACAAUCACAAGAUAAUGAUGGAAGGGUUAGCUCAAUCUAAUUAAAAGGGAAUUAAUUAUCUGUGUUAAGAUAUUCAGAGAAUAGGGAUUAUACCAAUAAAUGAAUACAUAAAUGUCAUGUGCUUAUAUUAUGGUUCAUUA